UUAAAUCCUCCCUCUCCUCCUCCGCUCCCCACCUCCCCUACCGCCGUCUCCUUCCCUCCUCCUCUCCUGCAAUCCCUAGUCCUCGGCUUCUGCAACGUUUCCUCGCUUCGAUCGCGCAAGAAGCAACCAGCGAUGGAGACGCCGCUCGCCACCAGGAGGAUCACCCGCUCCCUCGCCGCCGCAUCGGCCCAUAAGAGCGCCGCCGCCGCCGACCCCUCCUCCUGCAGAUCCAAGAACGGGGAGCAGCAGCCGCUGCCCCCGCCGCGCGCCGCGCUGCACGACAUCACCAACGACUCCCCCAUCGUCGGCCUCGCCGUCGGCGGCCUCGGCCACGACGGGACGCCUCGGGCCUCCGCCGCCGGCAAGACCCGCCCCAGGCCCCGCCCCACGCCCGGGUCCGGCGAGGCGCUGCUGCGCGGCCAGGUCAAGACGCUCCUGCAGAAGGUCGACGAGGAGGUCAUCAGGCCCGUCCGCAUCCACGCGCUGCUCGGGGUGUCCAGGUCCCCGGCCCAGCUCCUCGCGCCCACGCCGGCCAACACGCCGCAGCUCGGGGUCGAGUCCGCCGCCGCCAGGGGAGAGUCUCUGCUGUCUGAUGGCAUCAAGAUGGCGAUGCCCUGCGUCCUCGAGGAGGAGGAACCGCUUCAUAAGCUGCAGGUGAUUGAUGCUCCCCCGAACCGUGCACUGGUGUUCGACGACUCCCCUGAGAAAUCAGACCCGUGCACUGAAGAAUCGGUGGCAUCUUCAUCCCUGACUUUCCAUGCACCGGAUGACGACAGCUCAUCGGUUUGGUCCAUUCAGGUCAAUGUCAGCUCCGAUAAGGACGAGUCUGAGUUCGGCCAUCAAGCCACUAUGGGAGAGCUGGAGGAGUACUACACUGAGGAGGAGCUGGAAGAAGAGUACUACACUGAGGAGGAGGAGGACUGGCAAGAAGAAGAUGACGACGACGACGACGACGAGUGCUUUGAUGAAUUGUGCGAGGGGGUGAGCAAGAUGACAGUGCUUGAUGGCGAGGAAGAGAAGAAGAAGAAGGUUGGGCUGCCGGCGUUCGAGGGGAGGCACACCCGGUUCGUGUACAACAGCGACGACGAGAUCGUGGAGAGGAAGGACGUGGAGAACGCGGCUGCGGAGCAUGGCGCGCUGCUGAGGGGCCUGCCGGUGCCGGAGGGGAAGCAUCUCCGGUUCCAGGACGACGAUGAGGAAGAGUAGUAAGCCUGCGUUCUACUGACGGUGAUGGAUAUGGGGUGGAUACAGUGUGGUUGUCGCUCCCUGACACCAACCAAGCAAACAUUCUUUUGUACGGGUUUCUACAUGAAUUCUUUUGUGUUUAAGUUGUUAGGAAGAGACAUGAUAUAUCGUUGUCUCUGAUCUUUCCAAUUCCGUUAUUGAUGAUGCAGACAUAUCUCUACUAUUUACAAGGCACCAACAUAUUCAUCCCAA